AUGGGCAGCCCAUUGAGCCCUGUAAUAGCCAAUUUUUAUAUGGAGGCAUUUGAGGAAACAGCACUUAGAACUGCAACAAAAAGACCCAGUUGCUGGCUGCGCUAUGUGGACGAUACCUUCGUAAUUUGGAAACACGGAAUAGACGAACUUAAUCUUUUCCUCCAACAUCUAAAUAACAUACACCCCAAGAUCCAAUUUACGAUGGAAAUAGAGAAGGACACACAGCUGGCUUUCUUGGAUGUACUAGUCAACAGACGACAAGACCUAAGCUUGGGACACAAGGUGUAUCGGAAAAACACCCAUACCGAUCGCUACCUGCUCAAUAAUUCAAAUCACCAUCCCGGUCAAAAAAGAGGGGUUAUAAAAACACUUGUUUACAGAGCCCGCCGAAUCUGUGAACCUCUACACAUCAAUGACGGAUUAGAACACCUAGACAGAGCCUUACAAGCCAAUGGAUACCGAGAGCAGACGAUCAGACGAGCCAUAAGACCUAGGAGACCUGUUGAAAGGCAAGAGGGAGAAAAUACACCUCCCAGUGGGGUAGCAUUUCUUUCAUACAUCAGAGGGGUUACUGACCGCAUUGGAAAAUUAUUAAGAAAGAGGAACAUAAAACCGAUCCUCAAACCCACUCGAAAGAUACAAGAACAUCUCCGCUCGGCUAAAGACCCACGAGAUCCACUCUCCUCCGCUGGGGUCUAUAGAAUUCCGUGUCCUUGUGGCUCAGUAUAUGUUGGUACUACGAAACGUAAUAUUAAUACACGUUUGACUGAGCACAAAAGAUCUUGCCGUCUCGGACAAACAGAGAAACCACCCCUGGCCGAACACACAAUAACACAGGAAGAUCAUCAUUUUCUGUUUCUGAUCAUCAAUUCUGUUCAAUAA